AGCUGUUUUGGAUCAAGGACGCUGUCUCGAGCGUCACGGUUUUCUGACCCCGCGCCCUGUGCUCCGCUCCGGCGUGGCACCCUUUUCCGCAACCCAUGCCCCGUAAGCCGAUCGUCGGUGGCAACUGGAAGUGCAACCCGGACUCGGUGUCCAAGCUGGAUGAGCUGAUCGUGAACAUCAACGAUUGCGACACCAGCGGCUGCGACGUCUACGUGUGCCCCUCCCCCCUGCACGUGUUCUACUGCAGCGACAAGUUCAAGAACGGCGCGAUGGUCACCCCCCAGAACUGCAACUUCAAGGGCUGCGGCGCCUUCACGGGCGAGAUGGCCGUGGAGCAGAUGAAGGACAUGGGCCUCAAGUGCGUGCUGAUGGGCCACUCGGAGCGCCGCGGUGAGUUCGGCAUCUUCCCGAUGGACGACAACUCCACCCUGGCGACGAAGCUCAAGUACGCGCUCGACGCAGGCCUGCAGGUGGUGUUCUGCAUCGGCGAGCCGCUGUCCAUCCGGGAGAAGGGCCUCGACGCCGUCCUGGCCGAGAUGGACGUGCAGCUCACGCAGAUCUACGGCCUCCUCGACCCGGCGAAGGUGGUGAUCGCCUACGAGCCCGUCUGGGCCAUCGGCACCGGCGUCACCGCCAGCCCCCAGGACGCGCAGGACACGCACGCCGGCAUCCGCAAGCUGAUCGCCGAGAAGGCAUCCCCGGAGGUCGCCGAGGGCAUCCGCAUCCAGUACGGCGGGUCCGCGAACGCCAAGAACGCCCCGGAGCUCUCGGCGAUGCCGGACAUCGACGGCUUCCUGGUCGGCGGCGCCUCGCUGAAGCCCGAGUUCAAGGAGAUCGUGGCCGCGAUCAGCAAGGCCAAGGCCGCCUGAGCGGCGCGCGCCUGUGGAGCAGGGCGCGCCUUCUCGAGGCCCCACCCACGACCAGUUUUCGGGGCGCGGGCGCAGCUCGGCCUGCGGUGCGGACGGCGGGGGAGCCGAGGAGCUCUCCCCCGCGUCCCGGCUCCCCGCUCGGCGCGGCACGCGCGCCCCUGUGCCCUUCGGGGUCGGCGGGGCUCGGCGCGCGCGGUCGUCGAAGGAAGCCCCAUGUCCUCCUCGCCCUCCUCGUCCUCCAUGCCCCCUCCCCCUCUCCUCCGGAUCCUCCGUCCCCGAGUCCUCCCUCCUACUGAGGGAGACGGCGAGGCGCGGGGAAGACGGACCCCCUUGCGCUCGCUCGGUCGCCUCCCGAGCUCGUCUGGGCAGCCGGGAGACCUGCUGCUGCCUCCUGCUCUGGGCGCCCAGGGGGGG